CUGUCACGACGGAGCAGUUUUGUCUCUCAGCGAAACCCUUCAGAUUUCCGGGUGGCCCUUCGUUACAUAUUCAAUUCUUCCGUUCCGGCAAUCUACAUAUACUACAAGCUACAAGCACCACCCACCGGACCAAACCACCAUGACAACCACCACCUCCACCUCCGACAAACCCCCACUCCCCGCCCUCUUUAAACCCACCCUCAUCCUCCACGGCGGCGCGGGGGCGAUUCACCGCUCGACCCUGCCUCCGGACCUCUACGCGCAAUACCACGCCUCCCUCCUGAAAUACCUCCGCUCCACGCGGGCGCUGCUCGAAAGUGGCGCCUCCGCCCUCGACGCGGCCGUCCACGCCGUCUCGCUCAUGGAAGACGACCCGCUCUUCAACUGCGGGCGCGGCAGCGUCUUCACGGCCGCCGGCACCAUCGAAAUGGAAGCCUCGCUUAUGGUUUGCUCCGUCAACCCGGCGCAUCCGUUUGAGGUCGGCAUUAUCAAGCGCGGCGCCGGCGUGAUGGGGCUGAGGAAUGUGAGGCAUCCGAUUCAGUUGGCGCGGGAGGUGUUGGUUCGGUCGGGACGGAAGGAUGGUCGCCGACAUGGUGGCGCUGGUGGUGGUGGUGGUGGUGAGGAUGAAGAUGAUCGUGGCAGCAUGCACUCGCAGCUUGUAGGGCCGUAUGUUGAGGAUGUGCUUGCUAGACAAUGGGGGUUGGAGUUUAAGCCGGAUGAAUGGUUCUUUACGCAGAGGCGGUGGGAGGAGCAUCUUAGGGGUCUCCGCGGGGAAGCGGAGACGGUUACAAUGAGUCAGGGGACGGUGGGGUGUGUUUGUUUAGAUCAAGGUGGGGGUUUGGCCGUUGCGACGAGUACCGGGGGAUUGACGAAUAAGUUGCCUGGGAGGAUUGGGGAUACGCCAACGCUGGGGGCGGGAUUCUGGGCGGAGGCGUGGGAGGAGAAAGGAGAGGAGGAGGUCGUUAGGAGUGGGGGAGAGGAGAUGUGGUAUGGAAGAGCUGAGGUGGGUAUAGAGGAUAGGGUGAAGAAAGGUAUUUGGGAUAUGACUCUCGGAGAUUGUUUGCCUGGGAUGGUUAGAGAGGGCGUCGAUUGGAUGUAUGGAUCUUUGCGCAGCACGGAGGAUGAGGCAUCGUGGAAUCACGAAGCGUGGUCCGAGAAGGAAAGAUUGAUGGCGCAGAAAAAGCGCUCGAGACGUGCGGUUGCGGUGUCGGGUACAGGCAAUGGCGAUUCCUUUCUUCGCACGGCGGCUGCUCGCACAGCUUGCGCCAUCUCUCGCUUCUCGACGCCGAAUCUCUCGUUGGCUGAGGCUGUCGCUGCGGUUGCUGGGCCCCGCGGCGAGUUGCAGCGUUCGGCUGGAGACAGAUGGGGCUUAACGGGUGAAGGUCAGGGUGGGAUCAUCGGAAUUGAGGCAGAGCUAGAUGAGUCUGUAACCAAUGGUGGUGAGCUCAAGCAGGGGAAAGUGGUGUUUGAUUUCAAUUGCGGAGGAUUAUGGAGGGCUUGGAUGGAGGAUAUUGGCGAUGGGAAGGAAGUCGAGCGAGUCAUGGUGUUCAAAGACGAAUACAAAUAGAGAAGAGGACGGUGUCUAGUAGACAAACAUAAGUACCAGGCGAGCGGUACAGGACAGAAG